AUGGAGGCAUCAAAUUUUCAGUCUAUAAGAAUAAGGCUUUUUAGCUGCCAUAGAUAUGUCCAGGUCCCCAACACCGCAAAGAUUACCGUUCCUGCCAUAGCUCAAGGGUGCCCAUUAAUUGUCCUCCAGCAACAAUUGGGUCAGUACGGCCUGAUCAGCGAUCAAUUUAUAACCAAAUUCCCCUAUGAAGAGUACCAGACUCCAACUGCCCUCGGCCAGUCUCUGAUGGUGGUGCCACGUGCGUCAGCCGUUGUGCCUGGCCAGACUAAUGCAGAGCCAGUCGCAAUCCAUGCCAACCAUCACAACAUGGUUAAAUACACAUCAAGGGAAGACAGCGGAUACAAGACCGUAUCAAGACACCUCAAGGACAUGGCAAAUGACGCUAUCAAGUAGAUUCCGCAGCGCUGGGAGGCAGAGAAAAUAUCUAACGAGGGUAGGCAGUCUUAGACCGC